AUGCUUGCAAUAACAAUAGUAAGACACGGAGAAAGUAUUGGAAAUAUUCAACGUCGCUGGCAAGGACAUACUGAUAGUCCAUUAACGAAUUUUGGAGCACAGCAAGCAGAGCAGGCGGGAGAAGCAUUGAAACAUGAAAAGUUUACAUUUGCAAUUUCAAGUGACUUAACUAGAACAAUGACCACAGCAAAAUUAAUUCUCUCACGAAAUAUUUAUUUCGUCACAAAUCCAAUGGAAAUAUGUACGGAUUUUCGGUUAAGGGAACAACAUUUCGGUAAUUUUGAAGACAAAUCACUUAACAUACCUGUGAAAUAUGCCAUCACCCCUCCUGAUCCUCGGUUAAUUAAAUUUGUCGGAGAAGGAGCAGAAUCAUUACAAGAUGUAUUCAAUAGAGCAACGACAUUCAUAUCAGAUUUACUAACCCAUUAUCAACAACGACGACAACAAAUCACUUGUCAACAAGAAUAUCCACACAUUUUAAUCGUGUCACAUUCGAUUUUCAUUAAUGAAUUUUUAAAUGCUUUGUUAUCACAUAAAACAUUGUUACGUCAGCAACAACCGUGGCAAUUUGUUCCUUUACAUAACACUUCUAUAUUUACAUUAAGAGUUCAUCCAUGUGACGAUCACAAACAAGAACCUUUACGAAUUGAAGUCAUUAGAAAUAAUUAUGUUGAACAUCUUAAUGGAUUAAUUAGACAGCAAGGUGGUAUUGGUAGUGCCGUUUAUGAUAUUAAACAAAAGAAGAUAUCUUCUUUUUUUCAAAAGAAACAACAAAAUUCAAGAAUUGUUACCAAAAGAGAAAUCAUGGAAGAUCCUAUGGAUGAAGAUUAA